CCAGGUUACGUGAAGGCAUCAUAAUCAACAGCAAGCCGGUUACAUUUUAACACCAAGCCGGAAGUUUUUUUUCAUUAAUCAAUAGUUACUUUCGCUUGAUAAACGCUUGUUUUGUGAGGCUAACAUUUCCUCUAAUGGCAAAGUUUAGAUAUAUCCUUAGGCGACGACAAUGUAGUUACGGUAAUAUUAUUUGGAAAAUGAGGCUUUAUGGGGGUGUCUUGGCGUUACUGUGCGUGUCGCUGUCGUCCGCGUUGAGGACUUUGAAGUCCGCGCAAUUGAACUGCUCUCAGCAGGGCCUGAAGUGCGCAGUCAGUUUCAGUAACUGCCUCAUCGAUAGCGGAUCUCUGAAAGUGAGAAACUACACUCCAAGUGGUCCACAGGGGUUGCGGGUGUCUAUAACAAUAAUUCAGGAUGAGGCAGGACAUCUUCAGCCUGUCCUGCUCGCUAACUGGACCAUAAAGGAUGACGGCAGCAUCAGUUAUUUGAAAGCCACUGAGCUUCACGUCAUGGUGAUGGAAACCAAUCAGCACCUCUGUGUGAGAUAUUCAUUUGAAGGCAAACUCCCAAUGAGGAAUCUACAUGACGACAUGUGGUCCUUCUCGGCAAAUAUGCUGGUGUGACCGGGACACGAGUAUCGAGUUUCUGUCUUCAACAUCCCCAAACCAGAAUUGGGCCACAGCGACUAUGACAUCAGCAAGAAUAUUGUCGUCCCAGAUUGUCAAGACUCAGGGAUGAUUAUGACCCAGUUUUGCAUCGAGAGAGGAAGUCUUUGGCAGUCCAACAUCAGCCUGGCUCUGACAGCCAAACAAAGACAGGCACUGACGGUCAGCUUCAGUCCUGACCCGCUGUGCCAAGACUACAUGAUCAUUGUGAACUGUGCCUCCGUCCAACAUAUUGACCAUGUCAACCACACACGUCUGAACGUGACCUUCGGCCUCAGUAAGUGGCCAAGAUCCUGCUGCCAAUUUGACAUCUCGAUAAAACCAAUGUUCCAAAAAUGCGGUGGAGACUGCACCCGUCAUAAGAAAACACUGCACAUUUGUUCAGCCAAGCCCACUGAUCCUCCAGACGCUCCUCAGUACACACCUGUCAUUGUGAGCGUGGUUCUCCUAUGUGCGGGAUUUUUGCACAUUUUUAUGUUCAUCCUGUGCAGGAAGCCAGGUUAGCAAACCCGCGAUGGCUCGGUUGCGGUCGGGGACGAGAACCAAAAAACCAGCGGCAGCAAUUCAACAACCCCCCAAAGUUUGGUGAUCUACUCCCAAGACCACCGCCUCUACAGGGAAAUAGUGUUGAAGCUCUGUGCCUUUCUGCGGAUAAAAUGUGGCGAGGUGUUGAUAGACAUGCUCGACACUACGUGGGGGAUGGUCGGACGUGUCUGCUGGCUGGAGUGGCAACGGCGACAGCUGACGAGUCCCACCGACAAGGUCUUGGUGCUCUGCUCGCGAGGGGUUCAGGCCAAGUGGCGAGCCAUGUGCGGUCACCGCCGCGUAAUACUGAAGGAAGACCUCCUGUCGCCGACGGAAGACAUGCUCACCCCCUUUCUCAACCUCUUCCUGCCCGACAUGCAGCAAGCGCGCAAGCACGGCAAGUACAUGGUGGCUUACUUCAGCGACGUUAGCAGCGAGCGGGACGUGCCGUCGGUUUUUGACAUUGCCGUGAAGUACACGCUGAUGAAGCACUUUGAGGAGCUUUACUUCGGCCUGCUGGACAUUGAGAAGUACCAACCAGGUCUGGUCAAACAUAUCGAGGGCAUCGGUAAGGAUGAAUACUUCAACUGUCCCUCAGGUCAAGCUCUGAAGAACGCCAUCGAAACCUUUCAGGCUUACCAGAUAGAAAAUCCGGACUGGUUCGAGAAGGAGUGCGUGUAUAGUGAGGAAGAUCUUCUAAUUGAGUCGGGUCCUUUUGUUGACCCCCAGGUGGGUUCGCCGGUUCUAGAGUGUCUUCCUCUCAUCAAAGACGGACUUCCCGUCUAUUCGUGUGAAGCGGACAUAAGAGAGAACGGAAGCAGCGUUCAAGUCUUAACCCCUGAGCUGAACCCCGAGAGCCAGUGCUCAUCAGUGGCAGAACUUGUGCCACUCGUGAACCCCGUCUACAGUCCCCGGCAACAGUCAGUCCCGUCUCAACUCUGCCCUCCAAACAGUCCUGUCCGAUCUGUUUUUGUCAGUGAUCCAGUUUCAUCUGGAAUGCACGGUUCAUCUGCUGAGGGGAGGCACAUAAGUCAGAUUCCAGAGGAGGAUGAGGAAGAAUGGCUCAGCGGCACCUCAGUCCUGAACUCCCGGGGAUCAAACUCGCAAGGCUUACCUCUUCCAAGCAUGAAUAACCCGCCUCAGAACCAAAUCAGCCAACCUGUGGAGCCCAGUGGGAAGGGUUCCAACAGUGGAUCUGAUCAAGGCUAUAUCUCGAAAAUGCCUUCCCCGCUAGGAACUCCCUACAGGGAGGAUGCACUGGUGGCUCUGGCAAGGCUCCAGGAGGAACUCUUUCUACAAACUCUUGAUAGCUCAGAGUUUGGGGUGUAGAGAAAUGUGGAUGAUUCCCACCUGGUCUGACAAGGGUUUCUCUUUACCUCCUGGUUCUGUUUCAAGAGGGUGUAUGAAAAGUGGCUUCAUUUCCAAAAUGUCCUCCCCACUUUGACCUCUCUUUAUGGAGCAACCAUUUUGCAAGGCUACAGGAGGGACGGUGUCUGCAACCUCUGGAUAGCUCAGUUUCAUCUGGAGAAAAAUUGAAAGCUACCUCCAGCCGAUCCAUCUUGCUUCUUGUUGGGUUUCUGGAGAGAGUAGAAAAAGUGACUCCACCUGCAAAUUCAGGAUACUUUGGACCUGAGAGGCUUUGAGAAGUGGUGUCACAGGGUUUUUUUUUUUUUGGUCCAAUGAAUUUGUAGCCUUCUUUUCCUGGAGAAGGUUCAACAGUGGAUACCAACGUGUAUUUCAGGGCGGAUCCACUGGCAACUCUGGCAAGGCUACAAGAGGAAGUGUUUUAGCAAAACCUGAAAAGGCUACAAGAGGAAGUGUCUUAGCAAAAUCGGGAUAGCUCUGACUUUAGUCCGUAAACAAAUUCCACACCUAUACAUCACUUCCCCAAUGACCUGUAGACAAAAUUCAACGAGAAAUUUUACAUUUUGGACAAAUUCCAUGGAUCUUACUUUGAUAAAAACCUACUUGGUAAUUUGCCAGAGUGCCAUUUGGAACCGGGAUUUCUUGUCAAAUGGUUAAAGCUAUAUUGUAAAACAAUUAUUGUCUUUUCGACUGUUCUAAUCUGUAAUCAUGAUCUUCAAAGAAGUCAAUGGUUGUUUUCCAGUAAAAGAUGAUUUAUUU